AAUACAGAUGCCACCCUUAAUGAUGGUUAAGGAAACCGAAUUAUGAUUCUGUAUCACGUCUGAACUGAUGAACCUUUGCUUGCAAUUGGACCCCAUAGUUUGAAGUGGGGUUGGAAACUAUGUUUGAGCCAGUUGAGCCAGGGCUCCAAGUACCUUGAGAACCAUGAACAUACCUGCCUGUCCAGAGUACUUGAUCCACCUGUGGUGGCUCCACACCUACAUGUGGGGACAUAAUAUGUGAAUGCUGUCCACAUACAUACACUAAAACCUCCCAGUUGAUUUCCUAAAUGAAAUCUAGUAUAUGCAUAGGCAUAAUAUCAUACACAUUCUCGACCAUACACAUAGUGAGACUCGAGUGGUGCUUGCGUGUUGUCUGGGUGAGGCUGGCAGGCAGGCUUGUUCUCCCAUCUCUAUCCAGUAGAUCAGGCAGGUGUGUAUCAUCUAAACCAGCCCCAAGAUUUGGUAUAAUGCCUCAGAAACCACAGUUGCAAACAUUGUCUCCAUAUGCUUCUGCCCUUUUCAAUUUAGGAAAGCUGAGAGGGCAGAAUGUAAAAGCAGACAAGGUACUGCAAGUCAUGGUCAUCCUUGUACAUUUGGAAGCACAAUCCAUUAUUUUCAUUUAAUAAUAAUAAUAAUAAUAAUAAUAAUUUAUUUGUACCCUGCCCAUCUGGCUGAGUCUCCUCAGCCACUCUGGGUGGUUCCCAAUUGAAUAUUAAAACAAUACAGCAUUAAAUAUUAAAAACUUCCCUAAACAGGGCUGCCUUCAGAUGUCUUUUAAAAAUAGGAUAGCUGCUUAUUUCCUUGACAUCUGUUGGAAGGGCGUCCCACAGGGCAGGUGCCACUACCGAUAAGGCCCUCUGUCUGGUUCCCUGUAACCUCACUUCUCACAAUGAGGGAACCGCCAGAAGGCCCUCAGCGCUGGAUCUCAGUGUCCGGGCUGAAUGAUGGGGGUGGAGACGCUCCUUCAGGUAUGCAGGACCGAGGCAGUUUAGGGCUUUAAAGGCCAACACCAACACAUAGAAUUGUGCUCAGAAACGUACUGGGAGCCAACGUACUGGGAGUAUUAUUAUUACUAUGAAUAUACCGUCCUAUACCCGAAGGUCUCUGAAACUAUGGUUUGGGUUCUAAACUCUGCUCACAACAAACAGUGGUUUAACAUCAGAUCUAUCUGAGCUGAGACAUUAAAGGUGUGAAAUGCACAGAUAAUGGGGGCAGAGGCAAAAAUAUUUCACCAAAAUUGCUCCUGUUAUGGACAGAUAAAAAGCCACAGGCUGAAUUUUAAAAUAAAACUGGAAGAAACAAUGCUAAUACCUUUUCCUUCCUUGAGUCUUUCCCACCCACAUCCACCCUAUAAAGCAAUUCAUUAUCAAAUAUCACGUUAAUUGUUAAUAGCUCAAAACACUGUUUUAGACAAUUACAAUUGGAGGUUGUAGGCCCAUGCUGGUUGUCAGCCUCUUAAUGGGAUAUUAAAAACUGAGUGGCUUUUCUGCUGUUUUGUCUUAACUGCCUUUCAUGUGCAUGUGCUCAUACUGCUUAGCAGGCUCUAACGAGUAGAAGUCCACCAUUUGAAAGGCUGAAAUAGAACAAAAUAUAUAAACUGUGAUUCCUUGCAAAUGAAAUGGGUGUCUGCAAAGGUGCUCCUUUUCAGACAGUUGCUCAGAAUGCCAUUCCAAAAGAGGCGGAAACUUUUAGAGCAGCUGAGCUGUGAUUCGUUGGUUUCACAGGACUUUUCCUCUCUUACUCCCAGCCCCCCUUUUUUUCUUUUGAGAAGUUGACUUUGCUGCUUCUCAGACGUGCACGUCAUCUGCAAUCUCCUGAGAUUUAGUGUGAUACCAUGAGCGCCGAGGCAGAUGAAUCUAAAGAAGUGGCAACAGAUGUCUUCAAUUCCAAAGGUUUGGCCAUCCAGGCCCAGAAGAAAAUCCUUGGCAAAAUGGCAUCUAAAUCCAUAGCAAAUGCUUUGAUAGAUGACACUAGCAGUGAUGUGUUGGAUGAGCUUUACAGAGUGACAAGGCAAUACACACAAAGCAAAAAGGAAGCGGAGAAGAUCAUUAAAAAUCUCAUUAAGACUGUAAUCAAGUUAGCAAUCCUCUACAGGAAUAACCAGUUUAAUCAAGAAGAGAUCAUCCUUAUGGAGAAAUUCAAGAAGAAAGUUCACCAGUUGGCCAAAACUGUGGUGAGCUUCCAUCAAGUGGAUUAUACAUUUGACAGAAAGUUUUUGUCAAAACUCUUGAAUGAAUGCAGAGACCUGCUUCAUGAAAUCAUUCAGCGUCACCUAACUGCGAAAUCUCAUGGACGAGUCAACCACGUGUUUGAUCACUUCUCAGAUUGUGAAUUUUUGGCUGCCUUGUACAAUCCAUUUGGAUCUUACAAGUCUCACCUCCAGAGACUCUGUGAUGGUGUCAACAAAAUGUUAGAUGAAGGGAAUAUAUAAGUAACUGCAUCGGUGGUGUAUAUUCAUAGGCUGAGGACUACUGGUGGUCUUGAUUCAAUGAAGGAGGGCUAGAAAAACUGUGUGGUAAUGGCAAAAUUGAAUACCAAAGCAAAUACUAAAUAUUUAGAAAUUUCUUCAUCAAAUUGACCCAUUUAUUUGGAGUCAUCUAUUGCUAUUCUUUCUUUUUGCAGUACUUUGCUUUAAAACGUGGAGCAAUAAAGCCAUGAAAUGGGAUUUCUUGUGAAACAGAGCUUUUGUAAAAUAGACAGGAAAAGUGUACAGCAAGAUAAUCAGAAUCAAAAUGCAUAUUUCUACAUGUAGAAGAGUAUUUAUAAUCCUACAAAGGAUCAAUAUUUUUUUAUAUACACAAAUCAUGACUAUGGCACAUAUAUGAUAACUGGAGUUAGAUUUAAUAGAACCUAUGCUACUUAAUCUAGAUCCAUAUAUGCUAUACAUAAAUGCUUAGGUCACAUGGUCUUAGUUAUACUGUUAAAAUAGUUCUGUUUCGUAGGGCUGGUUCUCAUAUAAGACAGUAAGAGACCACACAAUUACCUUUGAAAUGUGCAGGGCUGCUGCCAGAUGCAUCUGGAAAUACUUCAUUGGCAUAAACUGACAUCUGUACAUGGCAGCCCCUGUUCCCAUAACGAUAGUAGUAGUUCAUCAAGCUGUUGUCCUGUGGUUAUUGCAUCUGCAUAUGCUUUACAUGUAUUGGCAUGGUUUCACAUAACAUACUUCCAUGGAAGACCAGUACAGCCCACCUCUAAACCUCGUGGCAUGUACUCUCGAGGGAAUUCACAAAGGUUGCUUCCAUAUGCACCUACCCUUAAUCAUAUCAUUUAAGGCAGGCAUCCCCAAACUUUGGCCCUCCAGAUGUUUUGGACUACAAUUCUCCUCUUCCCUGACCACUGAUCCUGUUAGCUAGGGAUCAUGGGAGUUGUAGGCCAAAACAUCUGGAGGGCAGCAGUUUGGGGAUGCCUGAUUUAAGGCUUUGGCUUGUUAAUAUAUAGUACCAUAAUUUAGUGUGCUUUAUCAGCUGAAUGGUCUGGAUUUGAUUGAUGUAUUGCUAUUCUUAGUUGGUUACAGUAAUAAAGUGUGGCCAGGAAAAUUAUACUGUACAUUAGUAGUGUGUAGUUAAAUGAAGCACCCAUAUACAUUUCGCCAUUCUGCUAACAAUACCCUCACACAAACAAAAAAUUAGCUUAAUCCAAAAUUACUCUCAUCGCUAAGGGGUUUGCUUUUAAAUAGAAAUUGUCCUAAAUACUCCAAUCCCACAGUGGGCACAUGGAGUUCAGUCUGCAAAUGCCUUUUCUCAUUUCUGUAGAAGAAUGUACUUCCAGAUCAAGUUCCUCAAUAAAAUGAGGCAGCCUGCAUGCACAAGUCAACGUUUUGUGUAUGUGAGCACAUGAGAAUCUAUAGUGUGGGGUGACAAAAUGCAGUAACUAUAGUCAUACCUCGGUUUAAGUACGCCUCGGUUUGAGUACUUUCAGUUUAAGUACUCUGCGGACCUAUCUGGAACGGAUUAAUCCACUUUCCAUUACUUUCAAUGGGAAAGUUCGCUUCAGGUUAAGUACGCUUCAGGUUGAGUACGGACUUCCGAAACCAAUUACACUCAUACCUCGGGUUAAGUACGCUUCAGGUUGAGUACUGCGCGGACCUGUCUGGAACAGAUUUAUCCACUUUCCAUUACUUUCAAUGGGAAAGUUCGCUUCAGGUUAAGUACGCUUCAGGUUAAGUACAGACUUCCGGAACCAAUUGUGUUUGUAAACCGAGGUACCACUGUAUGGGUGGUAUUUUGAAUCUGCAACCAUAAGUACCAGCACCAAAUUCUGAACGAUAUUGUGUACAUAACUGAAAUAGAAGUCACUGUGUAGAACCUAGAAUAAAUGUAUAGCAAAUAUGGUGAAAUGCAUCUUAUAACUGCAGCAGCUUGUAUAAGAUUUCUUUAAAAAAUAAUAUUGAGGUGAAAAUAGGACUAUCCAAAGGAAUUUGCUGAAAAUGUAAUGUUUUUGUAUGUCACACAAGUUUUUGCUGAUUGCCAGGUUUUUUAAAAAGAAUUGUGACUAAAAGAAUAUAUUCCUUAUAUAUGCUGUGCCUCAUUUUCUCUGGCAUAAUGAAUCAAAAAAUGGAUAUGCACUACUUAAUUAAAUCCAAACCAUGUUUUGUUCCUUCU